CUCUAGACUCGGAGAGAGAGGGAGAGGGAGGGAGGAAAGGAAAGCUUGGCAGCUCCACAGGAAAUUGUUCUGCUUGAUCAAUCUGCGUCUCGCCAUCCUCUCGAUUUUCAAAGGCGGUGAGGAAGGUGAAGGAGAAGAUAAAUGAUAAAGCAGGAGACUUGACGAGAGAGAAUUUACAGGAAAAAAGGAAACCCUAGCUGAGUUCUAGGGUUCUGAGGGUAAUCCAGCACUUACCGGAAUCCGAUACCCAUGGGGGGCGAGGAUGCCAAUGGGAAGAAGAGCGAUUCACGGCAACCGCCAGGUAGCAGCUAUCCGGAGAAAAAGGAUGGCAUGAAGCUUUGGGGAAUUUUAAUCUUCGGUGUAAUUGGUGCCACAGCCACCACUUUCGCUGUGAGUUCCUCUUUCUCUUUUUCAUUCUUCAGCCAUUAUAAUCUUCCGUUUUUAAUUAAAUGUGGGUAUUUUUUGUGCUCUGUUAUCGCUGUGAAUUGGAUUUUGAAAGUAAAAGCAUGCAACUUUACGGGUGCCAGAAUGCACCCAACUUCUAUGGUUAGUCAGCUGCGGAGAACUGUUGAUUGGUUUUACGUGCAGUUAACGAGAUCGCAAUCAUCUUUUAAAGGAGGUAAGGCUGGCUCCUUCCGAUCUGCUUUUCAAGAGGAAGCAUAUAGGAGGUAUAAUCGUCGAAUGCAAGAAGAGUACGAAGAAGAGAUGGAGAGAGUUGAGCGUAUUAGGCGUAUGCAAAGUGUGUUUAAUCGUGAGAGAAAUAAACAUAGAAGAGGGUACGAGAGCUGGAAGGAAACUGAAGGAGGAUAUCAUCAGCAUUUCCAACGUGACGAUUGGUACUGGAAGACUGACACAUCUUUCCGGGAUCAUAGCAACAACAACUUUAGGAGACCCCCGAGAGACAACAUGCCUCCUAUGAUGUCACACCAUUACUCAGUUCUGGGACUUGACAGGUCAAGAACAACUGCGUAUACAGAUGCCGAGAUUAAGACGGCAUUCAGGAAAAAGGCCAAGGAGUUCCAUCCAGAUCAGAAUCAAACUAACAAAGAAGCUGCUGAAGUAAAAUUCAAACAGGUAAUGACGUCGUAUGAGGCCAUUAAGCAAGAAAGGAAGAGCAUGAAAUGAGACUAAGAACGGCAGAGUUCAACCGUCCCUGUCAGGAUUGAAGUUGCCAUCUGCAGUCCACUCGAUGUUUGUGGCGGCUAUCUGCUAAGUGCUAACCUUCUGUGGAGAUUUCCUUUCAAUACCGCAUGUGUAGCAGUGGUUUGGCGGGGAAGUGCUUCGAGAAACCCUUCACCCCCGUUGCUCGGGUUACAUACAGGAAACGGUUGAGAAAUAUACAUACAACUUCACGAGCAUAGCCACUUGUAAAAUAAAUUUUGAUUUGAAUUGCAUUGCUUGUAAUAAGUUUAUCCACUAAUUGUAUAAUAUAGUAUAGUAGCCUAGCCUGCCUUAUUAUAGUAGAUGGUAAUAUGAAGAGCUGUUCCACUUCCAUGGGUGGUGGAUCGGGGUGAUCUGGAGAAGUCUGAUGGAUGUGGUUGGUUGCAUAUAUUAUGUAUUCCAAAAUCUUUUCCCUGACGAGUUCCAGUUGAGUGAAAUCCUGACUGUAGACCUGGUCGUGGCCAUAGCUGUAGAGUUUCAUUCCAACUUUUGCAACGAAGAUCCUUUUGAUUAUAUUAUUAAGAUGGCCGUUUUCGAUGGUAAAACUUAGUUACAAGUUCCAAUUAGAUUGAUCCUCAGAAACAAUUAGUAUUCAUAUGGUG